AUUACGCUGCGUCCUCUCUGACGAAACUAAUUGCGUGAGGGCUCCACGCUGCCAACUUUCCUUCUCUAGCUUGUCAGCCACAGAAACAACGUGGACAGAAUUCGAGAUCUCUCAGUUUCCAUCAACACACAAACACCGCUUUGGGCAAACAGAAACAACAUGCUGUCACUGUCACUGAAACAGCUUACUCGUCCGCUGGCGCGAUGCGUGCCCUCGGCAGCGAUGGCAGUGCGUGGGCAGCACACCAAGCAGGUGGACCAGCCGGGAGACUUUGCCCAGUGGAGUGGGCAGGAGAGCCUGGCGGAGUGUGACCCCGAGAUGUGGGACCUGGUGCAGAAGGAGAAAGACCGGCAGUGUCGCGGACUGGAGCUCAUCGCAUCCGAGAACUUCUGCAGCAAAGCAGCUCUGGAGGCCCUGGGAUCCUGCCUGAACAACAAGUACUCUGAAGGAUACCCAGGAAGGAGAUACUAUGGCGGUGCUGAGGUGGUUGACCAGAUUGAGCUGCUGUGUCAGAAACGCGCUCUCGAAGCCUUUGACUUGGACCCGGAGCGCUGGGGGGUCAACGUCCAGCCCUACUCUGGCUCUCCGGCCAACUUUGCAACCUACACCGCGGUUCUGAACCCACACGACCGGAUCAUGGGCUUGGACCUGCCCGACGGGGGACACCUCACUCACGGAUACAUGUCCGACGUCAAAAGGAUCUCGGCCACAUCCAUUUUCUUUGAGUCCAUGCCAUACAAGCUAAAUCCUGUCACCGGACUGAUUGACUACGAUCAAUUGGAGUUCACCGCUCGCCUCUUCCGUCCCAAACUGAUUAUCGCAGGAACCAGCGCGUAUGCCCGACUCAUCGAUUACGCCAGGAUAAAAAAGGUGUGCACUGAAGUGAAGGCGCACCUGCUGGCGGACAUGGCUCACAUUAGUGGACUGGUUGCAGGCAAGGUGAUCCCUUCUCCCUUCGAGUAUGCAGACCUGGUCACCAGCACCACUCACAAGACCCUGCGCGGGGGCAGGGCUGGUUUGAUCUUCUAUCGCAAGGGCGUGAAGGGGGUCGACAAGAAGACAGGGAAGGAGCUGAUGUACGACUACGAGGACCGGAUCAACUUCGCUGUAUUCCCCUCUCUACAGGGCGGGCCCCACAACCACGCUAUCGCCUCCAUCGCCGUGGCACUGAAACAGGCUGCGUCCCCCAUGUUCCAGGAGUACACCACACAGGUCUUGAAAAACUCCAAAACCAUGGCCUCCGCUUUGCUGAAGAAAGGGUACACCCUGGUGUCAGGCGGCACGGAUAACCACCUUGUCCUGGUGGAUCUGCGUCCCAUUGGGAUUGACGGUGCCCGGGCUGAAAGGGUGCUGGAGCUGGUCUCCAUCACUGCUAACAAGAACACCUGUCCUGGGGACAAGAGUGCCCUCACCCCCGGAGGCCUCCGACUGGGAGCCCCUGCCCUGACUUCCAGACACUUCAAAGAAGCCGACUUCGAGCAGGUGGUGGACUUCAUGGACGAAGGCUUCAAAAUUGCAUUGGAUGUGAAGAAGAAAACAGGUAAACUUCAAGACUUCAAGAAUUUCUUACUCAGCGACUCCGAGACAGUGGCCAGGAUAGCGGGACUGCGGCAGCGAGUAGAGAAGUUUGCCAGGCUGUUCCCAAUGCCAGGGUUCGAGGAUCAUUAACACCGGAAAAGAGACACGCCAGAGAGCAGGAGCUGUGACAUCACAACGCAGGGCUGCUCCCAGCUGUUUCAGCUUAUUGAUCACGUGCUUUUUUUUUUAAUUAUUAUUUUACUUUCCAGCUGCUGUCAUACAAUCUUCUGCCAACUCAAAAGAAAAAAAACCUUGCAUUUUGUCGAAAUGAACACAAAAGUUAAUCUGAUCAAUAGACCUGACAGCUCUGAAGCAGUCAAAUCUCGGCAACAAGCAACUUUUUUAUUUUUAUUUUUUAUAAAUAAAACAGAUUUAUUAACUGUUAGAAUCCCCAACUAACAUCUCAAACUGUUUACAGCAAUUUUGUAACCAAAAUGUAUUAAUAUUGGUACAGAGUUUCAUAGAAUUUUUGCACAUUCAUAAAAUGCUUAAUGGCUACAGUGAAUUCUUUAAUAUAAAAUACGAAAAAAAAGUAUAUAUUAACUAGAGACCCAGAACAAUGUAUACAUUGCUUUUAUAAUUUGUUUUAAUUUGUUUUGAAUGCUGUUAAUAAUGUUUUAACUGUGUAGAAAAUCUACUAAAAAGAAAAAAAGUAUGCUAUGUAAAAUCCAUUUACCUUCUGUCUCCUGUGUGUGUGUAUAUAUACAUAUAUAAUAUACUUGGCUAUCAAUUAUUUAUUUGGUUACUUGGUUUUAAAAGCACAAGUAUGUUAGCUGGGGUGCCUGCAAUAUAUCGAUACCAUCUCCCCUGGGCAAUGUUGUGGGUCAUUUUAUAAUGCAUUGUACACCCAGUACAUCCAGUUGUAUAGUGAAAACCUAUUUUUAAAGGCACUAAAUAAUUCAUUUCAAGGUUAGAAGGCCAUCAGUAAUGUUGCUCCCUUUUAAAUUCAGUCAAUUUCAAAGAUAUUUUGGAACUAAAACUGUCUUUUGGGUGAUGUCAGUUUAAGAUAACUGGAAUAGUCCACGAACAAUAAAAUAAAAGGAGAUUUCCGUGUUCUAAAGUGUGCUGUAAUAAUAAAUCAAGCCUUUUAUUAAAUGAACUUAGUAGCCUACAAAAAUGAAUCCAGCGUACUUUUUUGUCAGUGCGUUAAUGAGAACAUGAGGACGUUGUUUGAUCUGAAAUGAUUCAGCUCUGUGUGUCAGGUUGAAAUGGAUGAAGGUAACUGACUCAUGGACUAAACAUAGCACUGAAAAGUGAGGAAGUGCCUUAAGAACAUAAGAUGGAAUUAUCCAUGUAGCUGCAGAUAACAUUACGGCUGAUCAUAGAAUCACUGUAACUAUAUAUAUAUAUAUAUAUAUAUACACACACACACACGCGCGCACACGCACAGUAGAUGCCGCUUAUUAACAAAUUCUUGAUUCCCAGCAAAAAGUUGUCAUUAACCGAAAGUUGCCAAUAAGCGAAAAGCCCCCGUUUUCAAGUGUAUUUAUAUGGAACCAUAUGUACUGUAGUUGUACAAAUAUGGCACUGAAAUACCUGUGUUUUACAUGUUAGUGUUAAGAAAUGAACAUGAGAAACACGAAAUACCCAAACAUAGAACUGCUUACUUCACGCGUGUGUAAAACAAAAAAGGAAGUAGGCUUAAAUAGUACUUCACAACGACGUACUACAAUUGUCUUUACAAUGAGUAAAGCAAACAGAAAAAAAUAUGUGUUGUACUUACAAUCCAUUCUAAAGAGCACACUUUUAAAAUAAGACCAACAUUGUCUGCUUUUUACAAUGUACCACCUCCCGCUGUAAAUCCAGCUCAAUUUUGCGUGCAGCUUCGUAGCCAGUUUCAAAGCCACGAUUCUGCCUCAGUCCGUCAGAAAUACGCAGUUGUGAAGUCAGUGUGUUAUAAAAGCUGCAUGAAGUGUGCGCAUAAAUCAUGCAAGCGCGCUCUGUAGCACUGGCAACUAGUAAUGAAGCUGUCAAUAAGCGGUGUGCAGUUGCUAAUAUCAGAAUUCCAUUAACAUUAAAGUCUAUGAGGUGGGAUUGGAUCCUGGGAAAAUGUUGUCUUUAUCAGGGUUGCUAAUAACCGUAAUCUACUGUAUAGAUGUACUUUUUUUUCUUUUUCCAGCUACAAAUAACCCCCCACCUCAGUGUUCUGAUAUUUAUUAAUGGCCCCUGCUGGCCUCCUGCUGUUGCUGGUUACCCAAUGUUAAAAAGGAUACACUUGGGAUGCACUCGUGAUGAGCCUGCUGUGAUGUGCUAGCAGAAGCUGCUUUGCAUCGAUUUACAUUGUGCUCUUUGUAAAUUCAUCAUGAAAUGGUACCAUUUUUGCAGAUGUUAGUCUUUAAUUUUUUUUUUAAUCAUGGAAAAGCUCCAGCUGCCUGUAGUAAUGUUAUGUUUUUGUGUUUGCUCAGAGUAUCCUUUAUUUUGAACAUUUGAACUGGUCGUAAUUCUGGCCAAAUAAUAAAAACCGAUCGCAGUAACAAA